AUGGCGAGCUCCAGGCGCUCCCCUCUGCCCGGCCGCCUGCCCCUCCUGCUGCUGCUGCUCCAGUCGCCUUCCAGCCACGCCGGGCAGUUCCGAGUGCUGGGCCCGGAGCGCCCGGUGCGCGCGCUGGCGGGGCGCCCGGCGGAGCUGCCGUGCCGCCUGGCCCCCGCGCGCAACGCCAGCGGCAUGGAGGUGGGCUGGGCGCGGCCGCCGGGCCGCAUGGUGCACCUGUUCCGCGGCGGCCGCGACCGGCCCGAGGAGCAGGCGCCCGAGUUCCGCGGCCGCACCGAGCUGCUGCCCGGCGGCCUGGCCGAGGGCCGCGCGGCGCUGCGCAUCCGCCGCGUGCGCCCCUCCGACGCGGGCGGCUACACCUGCUUCUUCCGAGACCACGCGCAGCACGAGGAGGCGGCGCUGGAGCUGCAGGUGGAAGAUCCCUUCCACUGGGUGGGGCCCGGCGCGCUGGCCGGCCUGGCGGUGCUGCCCCUGCUCCUGCUGCAGCUGGCGGCCGGCCUGCUCUUCCUGGUCCUGCAGCGCAGGCUGAGAGGAAAACUGCGGGCGGAGAUAGAGAGCCUCCACAGGACCUUCGAUCCCCACUUCCUGAGGGUGCCCUGCUGGAAGGUGACGCUGUUCGUGGCCGUGCCAGUGCUCGGACCCCUGGCCGCGCUGGUCGUCUGCUACAACUGGCUGCACCGAAGACUGGCAGGGCAAUUUCUUGAAGAACUAAGAAACCCCUUCUGA